AUGGCUAUUCAGAGUCUAUUAGUUAUAAACAAAUCCGGUGGUCUUAUAUACCAUAGAAACUUCGAUAAUGAUAGUAAAAAUAAUUCACUUAAUAGUAAUGAUUAUUUGAUUCUAGCAAGUACUUUACAUAGUGUUUUCGCAAUUGCAAGCCAGUUGACACCCAAAGCUAUACAGAUCAAUCAGAAUAAUGUUAAUAACCCUAAUAAUUUGGAUUAUAAGAUUCCAUAUAUUCCUUAUGUAGGUAUGUCUACUGGUAAUGGGAGUGAUAAUUAUAAUUCAAGAAAUGGUGGCGAUGGGUAUAGUAGAAAUGAUUCUACAAAUUCUACCAAUUCUUCUAAUAAGAACUCUAAGUUGAAUAAGUUGGGUAGUUUCAAAGGGGAUGAUUAUUUUAAAGAACCAUUUGUUAGUUGGAAUAAGAGUGGGUUGCGACAAUUAUCUACAGACCAAUUUACAAUGUUCAUAUACCAAACGAUGACUGGUUUGAAAUUCCUGGCAAUCAGUUCUAGUGUUGUACCACAUAGUCAAGGCAUCUCUGAUAAUACUCAAGUGCCUAGUACAAUUGAAAAAUCUUCAAAUUUACAGGUACAGAUAGCGGAUAACUUUCUAAGAAAAGUUUACUGUAUUUACAGUGAUUAUGUUAUGAAAGAUCCAUUUUAUUCAUUAGAAAUGCCAAUAAAAUCAGAAUUAUUUGAUAGAAAAGUUAAGCAGAUGGUAGAUAAUUUAUUAUAA